AGAACCAAAUAACACCGCUACAACCACACCGUCAAGCUCUCAACUUUGAAGCACAAUAAGCUUUAACAUUCUCCCAUCCAAACUAUAUUCUAGUGUUUCUUCUUCUUCCAGUGCCACAGAAUCAAAUUACCAAACAUGAGCAAAGGAACGGCAAGCUUCGGGAAGAGGAGGAACAAGACCCACACGCUGUGCGUGCGGUGCGGCCGCCGUAGCUUCCACCUUCAGAAGAGCCGUUGCGCCUCCUGUGGCUUCCCUUCCAGCCGUAUCAGAAAAUAUAACUGGAGCGUGAAGGCGAUCGGAAGAAAGACAACAGGGACUGGUAGAAUGAGGUACCUUCGCCACGUUGCUGUGAGAUUCAAGUUUAACUUCAGAGAAGGUACCGAGGCAGGUCCAAGAAAGAAGAGAGCUUCGUCAUCGUCUCAAGCUUCGAGCCUCUGAGCUUCCAGCUUCAAGCUUCAAGCUUUGGGUUGGCUAUGAAGGCUAAUAGGACUAGUUUUGGCUUGUAGUUUAGUUUGUACUAGUAAGUAACAUGUAUGGAGUUCAUUACAGACUUGGGCUUUUUAAAACUACUAUAUAAACAAACGACAAUUCCAUUCU